AUGUUUGUUGAGAACAUCCUGCCCAAAUGGUCUUCGGCCAGUUCCCUGACAGCCUCUCUUCGAGUACAACAGAUACUCUAUCAACUUUCACCAACUUGUGUGUGUCCAAAUUUUUCCGGGAUGGUCCAGGAACUCCAUCAUCAUCAAGCCGUCUCAAACUCCCCCGUGUGCGAAGAUGAAAACUCCCGACCUACACAUCUCAUUGCCCUUGCUCUGGAGACAUCACGUGCGCACUCCUCUGAUGGUAGGCUGUCAAAUCUGUCUAGUAAGAGCAAAGCACAAAAUCGGAGGCGUAGGGGACCUCGUCUGAUGUCAGAGGACUUAAGUAAUAAAAUCAAAAUGAAUGACAUUGAACUUCUCUUCCAACAAUGUCCGAAGGGCAUUUAUUCCUUGUCUCGAUACUCACCGCCAUUUCGAAAAGACUCUACUGACCCUCGAAACACCCUGCAAUUUCGCCACUUGGCUGAGGGGUCUGUGAAACUGGCCAUGUCCUGCUGGUCAGCCGGUCGCCAGAAUAUACCUGUAAUUAGAAUACACGACGAAAAUACUGACGAUACUGGUCACUCUAAUCAGUUCCCUGGUAUUAAACGAAGCAAUAGCCUUAAUUUUGUUGAAUUAGAAACGCAUGAUGACGGCACCGAGGCGAGGACACUGUUCGAAGAAGUGAUCCAGGUCCCAUCGUCAUCCGCUGCCAAUGGCAUCUCUUAUUCCUUCGCAGAAUUCGAUGAACUUCGCGCGUCGGUGUACUCGGUACAUGGAAGUACGAAAAGUGGUAGUGCAUCACCUCUGGCUUUGGUUGUUCUGAGGAAUAACGGUCAUCUCCAGAAGUCACUUGAAAAUCAAAGAUGUAGGAGCUUAAACGACAUCAAUCGGGAUACAGAGUUUGCAAACGCAGGGCCGCCGAUUCGCAGGGUCUCCUCCGAUUUCAAUCUCUCACCUCCAAACGCAGAGUCGACAACAGAGCUUUUCGAGACGGCCAAUAUUUUGGGACAGGCUCUGGAAAUGCAUUUGAAGCAACAGGCCAGCAUUCAGACUGUGUGA